AUGACACUAGCACAAGGAGAAAUUCGACUAAGAUGUGAAUCUAGCACAGAAGCUAUCGUGUGGUAUAUCGAAUGCAUGUUACGUUAUGCUAACUACCCCAUAUUCUCUAUAAACAAUGACUCUAUAGCUCGCCCUUUGGGGGAUCGAAGAACAAAGUUUGGUGAGUUCAAACAGGAUUUGAGAGACACAUUUAUCAGUCUCCUUCAAACCGCUACUACUGGGAAUUCAUCAUCAUCAUUAGCAUCAGCCACUACAACUGUUUAUCUUACAACAGACAUAUCUAUGAGUUGCUAUGUGGAUUGCACUCCUGAUUUAAGUGCCCCAAAAUGCAAGACAUGCUUACAAAGUGCACUAAGUAAGCUUCCAUCACCUGGUAGAUCAGGAGUUCUUCUGCAACCAAGUUGCAGAUUGAUGUAUGCUUUCAAUGAUGCUAGACCUGUUUUACCAGAUAAAAGGUUAAUCAUAGCCUUGGGUGUCAUUUCCGCAAUCGCAGGUGCAUCAUGCUUCAUAAUUGUUUAUGUCUAUCUCAAAAGAAGAAAGAGCAUCACAAAACCCAAAGGGUUAGAUGAGAUUGAAACCAGGGAAAAUCUGCACUUCGAAUUUGAAGCCAUCAGAGCUGCCACAGACAACUUUGCCACGGCUAAUAAGCUUGGACAGGGUGGAUUUGGUGUUGUCUACAUGGGAACACUUGCAGAUGGGCAAGCAGUGGCUGUUAAGAGGCUCUCAAAGGCUUCGAGUCAAGGUAUCAAGGAGUUUAAGACUGAGGCCUGCUUAGCAGCAAAACUUCAACAUAAGAAUCUUGUCAGAGUUUUCGGGUUUUGCUUGCAAGGGAAUGAGAUGUUACUUGUCUACGAAUUUGUGCCCAAUAAAAGCCUUGAUCGAUAUUUAUUUGGUCCAAAUAGAGGAGCAUAUUUGAAGUGGGAAGCUCGUCAUAAGAUCAUAGUGGGCAUUGCAAGAGGAUUUCUUUACCUACACGAAGAUUCUCGCCCUAAAAUUAUUCAUCGUGAUCUUAAACCCAGCAACAUCUUGUUAGAUGGAGAAAUGAACCCAAAAAUUGCAGAUUUUGGCAUGGCAAAGCUUUUUGGAGUAGAUCAAACCCAGGGAAAUACCAGCCGAGUGGCGGGAACAUUCGGAUACAUGGCACCGGAAUAUGCAACAACAGGACACUUUUCAGUCAAGUCGGACAUUUUCAGUUAUGGUGUAAUACUUUUAGAGAUUGUGAGCGGUCAGAGGAAUAGCUUUUCAGAUACAGAUGACCAGGAUGAGAACCUUCUACACUAUGCAUGGAGACUAUGGCAAGAGAAAACUCACUUGAACUUGGUAGAUUCAGCAUUCGGAAAUGAUUUUUCGAAAGAUGAAGUUGAACGAUGCAUAUACAUUGGGUUAUUGUGCAUUCAAGAGGACCCUGCAAAAAGGCCAAACAUUGCAUCAGUUUUGCUCAUGCUUAAUACCAAACCUAUUAACUUUCCACAACCUUCACCACCUCCAGCUCUACCUUAUAGUAAAGGAAAACAAGUAGCAUCACAAGAAAGUUUGGGUACUCAGGCAGAGGAUGACAUCACAGACCUGCUUCCUCGAUGA